ACACUUGUUAUAAAAUACACAUUUUUCGUUUCGGGGUGAAAUCGCAUCGCGGUAUGGCGAAAAUCGAAACACAUCGUUCACCGUUUCUUCCUACGAAGUUUACGUUGGAAGAGUGGCAGCUCGAUAAUCAGUUCAGAUAUCGGUGUUCCGAGGCACAACGAAAAUCAUCAGAUCGACUUUUAGCCGAGGCAACUCUCGCAUGCGAAUCAGCUAAAGAAAUUGUGAGGACCAAUAAAGAAGAGACAGAUCAUCGAUUGUUAGAAAAACUCGAUGACAUUGAGUUUUGUAAAGAGGAACUUCUACGAAUAAGAAAAGAUACCGUUCUGGAGAUCGAUGCGUUGUCCGUUUAUAAACAACGAAUUACGGACACAUUGAGAUCUGUAAAGAGAAACGCUCUCGCAAUUUGCGAAAAAUGUCUCAUUAUCAGGGAAUGUAGAUUAGGCAUCGACUUGGUUCAUGACGAUGUUGAAAGAAACCUGUUGAAAGAACGCGAAGUGAUUCAAGAAGCGGAAAAUCUAUUAAGUCGAAUCUUGGAAGAAACUUGUGAGCAGAUUCGCAAAUUGAAGGCCACAUUAUAUUACAUCGAUCAUGAUCUCGAAAAUAAAGAAAGCAAUUUACAUAUCGAUCGUCGCAAUGUGACUUUAAAGGAGAACGACUUUAAUCUGAGUAUUUAUCAUGACACUUCGUGCUUUGACAAAUCAAUAACAUUAAACGAUUGGGAACUACAUACGAAUAGUAAUGUUAUCAAUGCAAAUAAAGAAAUGAAUAACGCGAAACGAUUGCGCUCCCAUAUCGACACAAUAAUUAAACAAACAAUUAACGAGUUAAAUGAACAAAAGAGUAUCACGAAUGAAGCUUUCAGACAACGUAUCGAACAGACUCGAGAAGCUAAAACCAAAUUGGAGCUUGAGCACUCGGAGAUAAUGAAACAAGUUACCACUAUGUCAAACAAUAUUAUACAUAUUAAGAAGUCGAUAGCUGAUAAGGAGGGUUACAUGGCUCUAGCUCACACAAGACUGGGACAUCGAUGUCAACGACCAGAAAUGGAACUUACGCAGGACUUAGUCGAGGUCAAUCUCGUGAAAGAGAUACACGAAUUACGAAAUGUCGUGGCUAAUUUGCAACAAAUGCUUUACGAGGCAGAGGCAUCUUUACGUUAUUUGCUCAAAACACAAAUUCAACUCGAAGAAGAUAUCAACGUAAAGACAAAGACUUUAAAGAUUGAUGAGGUCGAUUGCAUGACUUUGCGUCAAAAUGUGGAUUAUUAUGCAUAUUAAGAUGUUAAUAUUUAUAUUCAACAUUUAUAUUUAUGACUUUAUUCUUGCCACGCAAAUCCGGGAUGUGACAAGUACUUUGUACUCAUGUUAAUUUUAUGCUAUCUUUUUACAUAUAACGUAAACGUUUACAUAUAACGUACAUAUAAAUUAAAAGUAUGAUUGAAACAAAAAAA